UACUGGCUGUACCUCCUCCUCUGGCAGCUGCCCUGGAGCAUGAAAUGCUGGCCAGGUGACUUUUGCGCUAUUUGUUUCUUCAAAACAACUUUGAGAUGCUGCCUUUGGAUUGCUCCUAAAAAUACAAAGUCAAUAAAAUUAAUAAAAACCAGGUAGUUAGAACUGCAGAUCUAUGAGGGGGGGGAUCUUGAUUUUCCAGAACCAGCCUUUUUUUAUUUCUCCAUCUUGACCUUAAAUCGUCUUGUCAUUCCGUUCUCCUGUUUUUGUUUUCACUGCCCCAUGGUUCAAGGAUUGCUUUAAGAGGCAAAGUGGUGUAGUGGUUUGACUAGGAGCUGGGAGACCCAGGUUCGAAUACCACCGUGCCGUAGAAGCUUCCUGGACUGACCUUGGACCAACGACCCACUCACAGAAUUGUUGUGAGAAUAAAAUGGGGGGAGGAGAAUGCUUUGUGUCCCUUUGGGUCCCCAUGGGGACAAAUAUCAGGGGUCAAAUGAAGUAACUAAGUAAAUAAAUAAAUAAAGUCGUAAUUCUUGUUUGUGAGCAAGUGGGAACAGUUUUAUUUUUUUAUUUAUGUCAUUUUAUAGUCCGCCUUUCUCUCUGAGACUCAAGGCGGAUUACACAGUAUGAGGUUAAUACAAUCAGUAUCAAGUAAGUAUAUUUCAAUACAAUACCAUAAGGUAAACAGAUACAAGUUUAAAGACAUAGCAUUAGCAAGGAUCCAAGGCAGAGUAGAAAAAUCUGCCAGUAGAAAAAUACUGGAGCAAAAUAUAAUUCUAGGACUAACUUUAGACACGUGCUGGUAUACCUACACAGGAGUACAUAUUUAAAGUAGCAGAUAAUAUAUAAGAAGGCAAAAAUAGUGAUGACGUCUAUGAUCCCCAACUCGUUAGUGAAGUACCUGAGACCCCCAUCCCUACAAUGCAGCCCUCCCAUUUGAGUAAAAAGCCUUUUUGAAUAGUUAGGUUUUGCAUCAUUUAUGGAAAGCCAGGAGAGUGGGGGCUCUUCUGACUUCCUCAGGCAGGUCAUUCCACAGGAUAGGGGCCACCACAGAGAAAGCCUGUGUACGGGCUGCUGCUGAGUUCACCUGUGUGCAGCCUGGUACCUGCAGGAGACCCUGUGAGCAAAGCUGCCGUGGAGAAACAUAGGGAGGGAGGCGGUCCCGUAGGUAUACCAGUUCCUGGUACCUUCUCCCCCCUUCAUCUGUCAUAUCCUUAGCUUUUAGUUGCAUGAUGAAAUUCAUUCCAACGAGGAAAGAGGGAUAAAAAGGAAUAAUGAUAAUUCCUCUCUUCCACUGGAUGUCACGCUUGAUACAGCCUUCUACUUCCCAUCCUCCCUUAGUCCAUUCUUUUUACUGCCCACUUUUUUCUCAGCCAUGUAGGGUGGCAUGAAGUCCACAUCUGCAGUUUAUGCCUUGCUGAACUGAGCCGGGACCGAUUCCAACCUGCGGAUGUCUUCCGGCACCCAAUGACGUUGCAUUUUCUCCCUCAAUUCCAUGCUGGAGUUUGUUCCCUUUUAGACCUUAAUGGGAGCAAAGUUUUGUCUACGGAGCCCUGGACCUGAAAGUUUAAAUCUCCGUCAUCCAUAGAAUGGCAAUGUGAUGGACUACUUUGCAGGCAGACUCACCCGUGUAGCUAUGGCAACAGCCAAAGAGGCCUUGCAAAAAAUCUCCAAGCCUAAGAAAAGUGCUGCCUUAGGUUUUGAAAGUCCCCUAGUCAAGAAGUGAACGGAAGAGUCCUGCAUCCACAAACCAGCCUUUCUUGCCCUCAUAAGCUUUGGCCAGUGUGGUUACAGAGCCCGGUGGUCUGGGAGCCUUCAUGUUGCCAGGAAGCAAGGGAAAGGCCUCGGCACUUUAGGCCCUGUUUGUUGACCCUCCAGGAUAACUGGUUGGCUGCCGUGUGAAACGGGUUGCUGGUCUGAUCUAGUAGGGCUCUUCUUACAUUCUUUCGAUGAUGGAGGGUGUAUGUUGAGAAUACUUAGCGGCCAUGAGCUGGUUGUAUGGGAAAGUGCUGCGGAUGGUGUGUAGGCAACAGAGGCCACAUUGGUGUUGCCGCACUGGUGAAUGUGUCUUGGCCACGCGGGUGGGUGGAUGCACGUUUAAUUUGCUGUGGAGUGGGGGGGGGGUCGUGUUGGUGAUGCUGGUAAUUGAAUGCUGGAGCUACUGUUGGGUUGGUGGCUGAUUUCUUGCCUCUCUGUCCCACAUCAGCUACCUGAGGUAGAGGACCCUGACCGGGGCCAGCCAUGUCAGGCGUGUGGUGAGCAGUGCCCGGGCUUCCUAGUUCAUGGAUGGAGGAAGAUCUGUCAACACUGCAAGUGCCCACGGGAGGAGCACGCGGUGCGCAUGGUGCCAGUGGACUUGGAAAGGAUGAUGUGCCGUCUCAUCUCUGACUUUCAGCGGCACUCCAUCUCGGAUGACGACUCGGGCUGCGCCUCGGAGGAGUACGCCUGGGUGCCCCCAGGACUCAAGCCUGAGCAGGUGUAUCAGUUCUUCAGCUGCCUCCCGGAAGACAAGGUCCCGUACGUCAACAGCUCCGGAGAACGAUACCGUGUCCGCCAGCUGCUGCACCAGCUUCCCCCACAUGACAGCGAGGCUCAGUACUGCAGCUCCCUGGAGGAGGAAGAGGCAAAGGAGCUGAAGUUAUUUUCUCAGCAACGGAAGCGCGAAAACCUUGGCCGUGGGACUGUCCGGCUUUUCCCUGUAACCAUCACCGGAGCUAUUUGCGAGCAGUGUGGGAAGCAGAUCAGCGGUGGGGACAUUGCAGUCUUUGCCAGCCGAGCGGGACACGGUGCCUGCUGGCACCCCCAAUGCUUUGUUUGCACCACCUGCCGGGAGCUUCUUGUCGACCUCAUCUACUUCUACCAGGAUGGCAAAAUUUACUGCGGACGGCACCACGCUGAGCACCUCAAACCUCGCUGCGAAGCCUGUGAUGAGAUCAUCUUUGCAGAUGAGUGCACAGAGGCCGAGGGACGCCACUGGCACAUGCGCCACUUCUGCUGCUUCGAGUGUGAGGAGGCACUGGGUGGGCAACGGUACAUCAUGCGCCAGAGCCGCCCCUACUGCUGCCGCUGCUACGAGAGCCUUUAUGCGGAGUACUGCGACACCUGCGGGGAGCCCAUCGGCAUUGACCAGGGCCAGAUGACCUACGAGGGCCAGCACUGGCAUGCCACCGAUGCCUGCUUCAGCUGCUUCCGCUGCCACCAGCCCCUGCUGGGGAAACCGUUCUUGCCCAAACAGGGCCAAAUCUUCUGCUCUCGGACCUGCAGCUUGGGCGAAGACCCCAACGGCUCGGACUCCUGUGACUCUGCCUUCCAGAGUGCCCGUUCCCAGGACUCUCGACGGGUCAGCUGGCAGCAGCGGCGAGUUCAGGCCCAUUGUUCGCCAUCCUCUCAUGUCACCCGCUCUGUUUCAUUUGGAGGGCAGCCAGCGCCAUCUCACUCGGCACCCAAAAUCCGAAGGAGCUGGAGCAGCUUCCCAGCAGAAGAAAGAACUGUGGAGGCAGGGGAGCUCUCGGAGCAAGAUAGCAAUGGUUCAGGGUGCAACCAGUGUUUCGAGGAGCCUGUGAAAUGCACCUCCCGGGGAACUUCUACCUGCCCGCCGCCAGCCACUGAACAGGAGCAAGUCCCAGGCACUGAGAUCCAGCCUCGUUUCCACCGGACCUCUCCCUUGCGCCAUUCCAUGCCCGAGUUGGGCCUGCCUUCAUCCAGAAUCCCGGACUGGAGCUGCAGCUCUGGUUCCAAACUCCAGGCACCUGGUCAGUCCCGAUUCAGUGAAGGAAGUGAGCUGGGGAUGGAGAGUUUUGCCCGGGGAACAGCUCCACGGGUUAGCUUCCGGGAACCCCUCAUCUCUGGAGAGCCAAGCCCUUCCUGUCCGGAGCAGCCCGUCCUGGACGCCCACCGGCUUCAGAAUGGAGGGGCUGGCCGGCGACACCCUCGUUCCACUUCUGACAACUCGCUUAAUCUGGGGGGCCAGAGAUGGAGACUAAGAAAGGGCUCGGGGCAGAGCAGGGCACCAAACCUCUCCUUUUCAGCUUCGGAAGGAGCUUUUCCUGCCUGGCGCCACCGCUACCCACCAUGGGAGGGGGACUUCAGCUCCUCUGACUCUUCUGACUCCUCCUCGGAGGAGGAAGGCUACUUUUUAGGGGAGCCCAUCCCCCUGCCCCCACACCUACGCUCUGGGGCUAGCCCCACGGAGACAAGUCCACCCACUGACUCUGUACGUAAACAGCAGCACCGAAGACUGCGUGUUGUCCGGGACAAGAACUGUAUUGUGGCAUAAACCUUUCACCUCUGUGAUGUUAGCCGUAACGAUCCCACUGUGAACUCAGAACUUGUGGCAUUUUGAACUCCUGUGUUAACCAUUCUAUGGGGGCAGCUGAAAUAGCCCGGAACUAUUGACUUCUGCUUCUUCCACUCUGACCUCUUGCCUUCAACUCUUGACCCUUUGCAAGGUGCUCUCCAGAAAUGACCUCUUUAUUAUGACCGUUGACCUUUCCUCAGGGACACUUGAGCACUGGCCUUGUUCAUGGCGACCUUUGAUCGUUCCCUGAAGAAUACGGAACUCCUACUUGUGGUGGUCUUUAGUUGUGUUUAUUUUCCAUUGUGGCCUUUUGACCUUUCUACUGUGACCUUUGAACACUGAUCAAUCCUUUCCUCUUGAACCUUCAGAGUGAUGGAUCCUUUAACUUCUGCACUGUGCCCUAUGAGUGUCUUCCUUGGGAACCCUUGAACUUUGGUUGUGACCUGUCUACUGUGACCGCUGAACUUCUGCCACUUCUCCCGGAGGAUCUUUUGGACCCUCCAUCUUUCAAGUUGCCAUUAUUAACGUUAACCUGAUAAGGUUGCACGGUUUUAAGCUUUUGGGUGCUUUUUCUAUAUAGGCAAGGUGUUUGGUUAUGUUUUAAUAUGUGUGUGUGUGUGUGUGUAUGGGAUGAGUUGGGGUUGAACCCCGGUCUGCCACUGGAGCAGCCCCAUCAAAGUGAAUGUGGGCACAAGGUCUCUUUCACGGGGCAGAGCCCCCAGCAGAGUAUUCACCUAAUUCAACUGGAAUUCCCUCCCCUCCCCCGAAUCACCAAACUUGUCCAUCUAUCAUGUUUGCCAUUUUUAAAAAAAAGUAAAAUUGUUUUUCUAAUUAAGGUUUUAAUUUAAGCAAAAUUUAAAUUAAAAAUUAUGAAAACA